UGUCUGUCUGUUGGCCUUUUUCAGUUGAACCUAUUUGAAGUUGUUCGGUUUGUUAACUUUUGGCCUCUUCAAAGCCCCGAAGUCAAAUUGAAUACGGGCUUAAUUGCUUUUUGGGGAAAAGUGUGUAAUUGAUUUGGGUUUUCUUGAGACGAAAAAGCGUUUUGGGACAAACCAAUUUAUCUCAAUCGAAUUGAAUGGUUAUCUUCCCGAUGACAGUAAUCACUCAAGUACUAAAUGCAUAGUGUGGUGAAAGAAAGCCCUCUGUCGAUGGAAGUUUCAAUACCCAUAACACUACAUUAUUUUGCAUGCCUUAGAUGUGGCAACGUAAUUACAGUCAUUAAGUUUUAGGACUGAACGGAUAAUAGCACAGUCGGCCACAAAAGUAGUUGUCCAAAUCUGAAAGCGAAAUCAAAUCUAUCCAAUUUGGUUGGUGACAGACACUAACAUUUUCACCAUAAUGUUUUUCGGUUAUCUUUUUUUUUUUUGUUUUUUUCUUCAAGCUAUUUAAACAAACCCAUCUGUGCGCAUACAUAUGUAGGUUUCAAAAUAUCUCAUUUUCGUUUCGCUAAUUGCGGAAGUUUCACAUAAUGUAAACGAGUGUGAAUGACGAAAUACAAGAAUGCGGGAAAUAUGACAUGUGUAUCAAAAUAUUUUGGGCAGACGUACUUUGCUUUCCAUGGGCGGCCGAUUGAAGAUUUUCUAAACACUUCACUUUAAUGCAAGUUCUUCAUAAUAUCCGCACUCUUUGGAUUGAGUGUUUUUGAGUUCUGAGUUCUGAGUUCAGUGGCAUGGUGAAGUGCUAAUGCCAUUGCAGCGCUAAGUUCGUGGAUGUGCAUACAUGGGCAAAUGCAGUUUCAGUGCAUAGAUGGGCCCAAUAUGGGCCUAUUGACACAGAUAAGCUUAAAAAUGGCAAAGCUGUUUUUAAUAUUCAGUAUUUUUAUUGUUCUGGCAUUUAUACCCGACACCAGUUUCGUAAGCGCGGAUUUAUCCACUAAAGAUCGAAUAAAGAAACAUCAAGAGUGGCUGAAAGAACACCGCAAACCCAAGACGAAAAAAAUUCAUUCGAACAACUCAUAUUUUGAGCUAGCCAACUUAUGGCACACGAGGAAAGAUUUAUCACCUAAGCAAAAACCAAAUAACAAAGAAGAAUAUUUGGAAAACGAGACGACUAGUAAAAUAUCUAACAAAACGGAUGAAAUAGUAUUAAAGCCAACAUAUAUGUUAAUAAAUGGCACCAAUCAAAAUACAUCGACAUCUAAUCUUAAUCUGGAAACAACAACACUAGCAACGACGCUUACUAAGCAUCCGGUAGAAAAUGGUAACGCUGCGACUACAAGUCAAACCCCAAACAUAAUGGAGGCUUACUCAUCUCCAAAUCCACCAAAAGUAGUAACUACAAAAAAGCUUAAGAAGAAAGUCUAUCCAUAUCCACGAUGGGAUAAUUGGAGUAACUGGAGCGAGUGUUCGCGAAGUUGUGGAGGGGGCGUUCGGCAUCAAAUUCGAAAAUGCAUUAACAAAAACCUCUCCACAAAUAAUCAGCUUACGAGUAAUGCCUGUGUGGGCUACUUCAAACGCUAUCAGCUAUGCAAUGAUGUGCCUUGCGACUCCCAAUCCCCGGAUUUUCGAGCUUCUCAAUGUACAACUUACAACGAAAUAGAGUUUCAUGGCCAUCGAUAUAGGUGGGAACCUUAUGUGAAGGAUGAUGCUGAAUGUGAACUCAACUGCAUGCCAUUUGGAAUGAAAUCAUUUGCCACACUCAACGAAUCUGUAAUUGAUGGUACACCUUGUCAACAUCCAGCUGAAUACUAUCGAUCGCAACAUUGGGAUCGUGCUGUUUGCGUUGAUGGCGCUUGCAAGGCCGUCCAUGCCAGUGGCGAUAUUGAUGGGCUGUAUGCGCACAGUGGGUCCGUUAGUUGCGGAGGACUACUGUGCCGGCCUGUCACUGGGAUCUUCACUCGUGAUCCCCUCCCGGAACAUGCCUACAUACAUGUUACCACCUUACCAGUGGGUGCAUCAAAUAUUUCAAUAACAGAACUGAAAAACAGCAUCAACUUGCUAGUUUUGCGUACAUCUAAAGAGGUAUCCAUUUUCAAUGGCGAGAAUACUGUGUCCGAAAGUGGAUCCUAUGAAGCGGUUGGAGCCACAUUCGACUAUCACCGAAUCGAUGGAGCACAGGACAGUAAUGGAGUUACCGAGUGGAUCACAAGCAUUGGGCCCAUCAGGGAUGCAUUGCAACUUAUGGUAUUCACCAAGACACCGAAUAAUACUGGCAUAAAGUACGAGUACAUGCUGCCCAUAAUAUCUGAGUCAGAGGAAAACGAGAUGUCCUUGGAGAGCAACGAUGGUCUGCUGAGAUCCGGAAUCGAGGACACCAGUUCGUCGAGCAGCUCGAGGGCGGGACGAAAGCGAAUCUUUAACUGGAAAGUGAUUGGGUUCAGUAGCUGCACGAAAUCGUGCGGAGGCGGCACUCAGACACCCAUUAUACGUUGCAUUCGGAAGAAUCCAUUGCGGUACUACUCGCAGCGUCGUUGCGUGCACUCCGUGAAGCCGGUGCUGAAUGAGAACCUAUUGCACUGCAACACGCAACCGUGUCCGGCGUACUGGCGCGUUGACGAGUGGGGCGAGUGCCGAUGCCUCAGUAGCGGUGCCUUUCGCCGGCGGGAGGUGAGCUGUGUCCAGGAGCUCGCCUCCGGAUUGGUCAUACACGUGGAUAAGUCCGCCUGCAUGGCGGACCAGCCGCCCACCCAGAAGCAGUGCGAGUGUCCCAAGAACCGGCGACGCAAUCUUUCGCGAUACCGGCUACCAGGCAGCUUGGACCCCGGAAACAGCACCCAGGUCAAGCGCAGCAAGAUCGACGGCACCGAAGUCCAUGCCAUCUGGUUGAUGUCCGAAUGGAAUCAGUAUUGCUCGGCCACGUGCGGGUCGGGCGUUGAGUAUCGUACAGUAUUUUGCGAUCGGUCAAAGGCCGGCGAGCAGCGCUGUGAUCCCAGCACCACUCCCGAAAGUCGUCGUCCCUGUGAGAAGUCCAGUUGCAAGGUGGGCGACUGGUUCACCGGUCCCUGGUCCUCCUGCAAUGGCGACUGCUUCGACUUGACCCGCAGCCGGCAGGUGCUGUGCAUCCACAACCAGCUGAUCACAGAGGACAAGGACUGUACGCCGGAAUUAAAGCCGCAAUCCGUGGAGAAGUGCUCCCACGAGGAGGUGGAAUACUGCGCUGCCCGUUGGCAUUACUCGGACUGGUCGGAGUGUUCAAAACCAUGUGGGGUUGGUAACCAGCGACGCAGUGUAAAAUGUUUGGAGUACGACAUAAAGUUGAACGUCUUACGGGAAUCAUCGCAAUGUCGGUACACAAUUAGAGAACCAAUAUAUCGCAAUUGCAAUGCACAAAAGUGCGAAGAAGUGCCGAAAACUGAAGCUGUUCCGAUAUGUACUGAUAAAUUCGCCAACUGCCAAUUGGCUUCGAAAGCAAAGUUAUGUAGCUACGAUUACUAUCGCGACAACUGUUGUGCUUCUUGUGCCGGUGGUAUUUAAAGCGAUUUCAAAGUAUAUUUAGAAGUAGAUCUUAAGAAUCAUACUUAAUUUAUAAACGAUUUUUUAACGCCCGUGCAGAAUAGCUACGAAAUACUAUUAAGCAUUACUUCGAACAUGACACUUUGUUAACCCCUACUACAUGUAGUAUUGCUGACACUAAAGCUCAAAAUAAAGCUUGCAGGGAAUUGCAAAAAUUAAAUCUUCGGUCAAACAAUAUGUAUUAACGCAAGUGAAUAACAAAUACUUAAACACACUAGCUGAAGACUUUAACAUCAAAAAAAGUAAAUCCUUACAAUAAAUUUAACAUUCUCAUUAAGAAAAGAAAGAAUCCUUGUUUAAGAAUAAAUAAAUCUUUUUACUACACAUAAAA